AAACUAUAUCUAACCUCGGAACGUAAGGUUUAGAAAAGUUUCUCAAUCCCUUCAAGCUAUGUCAGCUCCGGGUGGUCUUUAAUUAUUCUUCCCCCUCCUCCACUUGCUACUCUCAUAUCUUUCUCAAUUCUUUCACUGAAUCUUUCCGUGAAAAAAGAGCAACCGAGAAUAAUGUAUCCAGGGAUGUGGCAGUAUCCUACAAAUCCCAACCUUUGCUGUAUCUACAGAGUCCCCAACUGUCUGCGUGAAGUAAAUCCAGAAGCAUACACGCCUCAGUUAGUCCUUAUUGGACCUCUUCACCAUUCAUUGAAAUCUCAAGCUCGCCAGUCUCUGGGCCCAUACACAAAGUCAAUGGGCUACUUAAACAUGGAGAAGCAUAAAAAAAUUUACCUAGCGGGAUUCGCACGAAGGUUUGAAGGAAGAAUGACCAUUGAUGGAUUCAGAAGAAUGAUUAAAGAAGAGGAAGCGACAGUCAGGGCAAGCUAUUCAGAAUCAACAAACUGGAUUCAAUCUCAAGAGUUUGUGGAGAUGGUCAUGCUCGACUCUGUUUUCAUAAUGGAGUUCAUACUGAGGACUACCGAAACAAGAGAAGAGAAAACAGGAGAUCGUCUCAUGGACGAGUCAUGUCUUACAAACACGGUCUUUUGUGAUCUUAUAUUGCUCGAGAACCAACUUCCUUACUUUAUACUUAAGAAACUGUAUGAUUCAAUCACCCCAGGAAUCCAUUCGCACCAAACAUUCCCGGACCUAAUCAUCAAUUACUUCAAAUUCCAAGGUAAAAUCAGAGGGGAUCCCAAAAUUUUACAUUUCACUGAUCUGAUCAGGUGUGUUCGCGUGGAGACACUUCCUAACCAUAUUGUUCGGAAAUGCAAACCCAUAGAGCAUAUGUAUAAUGCGGAUAAGCUAGAUAAUGGGGGAGUAAAUUUUAAGGCCGUAGGAGAUGAGCUCUCGUUGUAUGUGAGAUUCGAAAAUGAUUGUUUGGAGAUGCCUUGUCUUAAAGUUGUAGACAAACUUGAGAUGAAACUGAGAAACAUAAUGGCUCUUGAGCAAUGUCAUUACCCAUCAAACACCGUCGUGUGUGACUACGUCUUAUUUCUAGAUUACCUCAUUGACACUGAGAAAGAUGUAGACUUUCUUGUCGAGAAAGGAAUCAUACAGAAUUGUAUUGGACAACCCGCCUCGGUUGCGCGCAUGGUGAACAAGCUUGGGUUGGGCAUCAUUGAGGAUGGCUCUUACUAUUCUGAUAUAGCUGGUGAAGUCAACAAGUACUAUACAAACCCGGUGAAUAGGUCACACGCCGUCCUCAAGCGCACAUAUUUCGGUGACCUAUGGACAGGGACAGCUACUAUUGCAGCUAUGUUUCUAUUGGUAAUGACAUUUGUCCAGACUGUGGCAUCGAUCGUUCAGGUUAUGCAGAACAGAUCUUAGAGAUGCUCUCUCUCUCUCUCUCUCUCUCUCUCUCUCUCUCUCUCUCUCUCUCUCUCUCUCUCUCUCUCUCUCUCUCUCUCUCUCUCUCUCUCUCUCUCUCUCUCUCUCUCUCUCUCGUUUUCCAUUUUCACUUUUCAACUUUGUUGUUUCUAAAUAAUCUUGCAGAUUAAUAAUAUUAUUUUUGUCUUUCUAGCUCUCUUUUAUGAUAGUUGAUUAAAUUGAUCUGUA